AUGCUUUUGCUCCCUCUAAUCGUUUUUUCCGUGAUCAAUGCAUACUGCACAAGCCGUAUUUCAACGCCAGACUUUCAAGCUGUAAACUUUGCUCAGGCAAAAGAAAGACGAAAACUAAACGGAAGCGUUAUAAAGCAAGUUGAUGUGAUGUCAGAAGAUGACUGCAGCUUUCAAUGCGUCACGGAUGAACAAUGCCUCUCUUACAACUUUGGGAACACAAAGAACAGAUCGGGGACAUUCGUUUGUGAGCUGAGCGAUUCCGACCGAUUUCUUGACGUCGGUAAUUUCACAGAAGAUGACAAUUUUAAGUAUAGAGGAGUGCAGGUAACAUUAUCGCUAUUUUUUAUUUAAAUUCAAACGUGUUAUUUUCUCUCAACCAGAAAAAUCCCGCAUACUAGUAUACUUAACAUCGCGCCAAAUAAAGAAAGGCUAGCUAUUUAGCUAUAUCAAAAAAUGUCUGAAAACAUCAGUCAGGGGUAGUGAGAACUCGAACUUAAUUUUUCUGUGCUGCUUUAACUGACGAGUACAGUGGAAGCCCUUUGCGGAAAAAAAACUGCUUAAAUAGAAUACUAGAGUCGCUUUAUUUUUAUCAAUGGUGUGAUUAAGAUGAGAAGGAUUCAGAUUUCUGUUUGAGAGAGUUUCCUUAGAUUUGGGGCGAUUUCACGCUAGAGAUAAAACAACACAAUCCGGAUAAUCCAGAGGGAUGGAAGAAUGCAUGAUUGUUCGUCCAAAGUGAAAACCGUUAUGUGUUCACAUUGAGACCGGAAUUUCAGAUUUCAGUCAAAAUAUCUUGCAUGGAAAAGGGCGUUCACCGUUCGAAUUGGAGCUUUUUUUUCAUCUAACGCUUAGCUGUCAAUAUACUAUUAAGCGUUGCAUCCAUGAGCAUGUUUUUUUUUUUCUUUGGACAAAUCAACGUUAAGGUUUCAGACAUUAUUAUAUAUAUUAUGAAGAUUAUAUGAAAAGAUUUUAAAAAAUUCGUUCGAGUCGUUUCAGAGAUAUACAAAAAAGCGCUAAAAGUCCAAAUUUUGAAUGAAGUUGCACUUAAACAGGUGGUGAGAAAACGGGUUAGUUUUUAAGAUCGAAAAUACACCCAAAUUUCCUAACAUCGAAAUUUGAUAUUAAGCAACAUUCUGACGCUACUUAAGAAUAAUUUGAGUCAUUUAUAACGUUUUAUUAAUAAUCUAUCACGGCUAUUGAAAAUUUAAGGUUUGAAAUAUAUUUUUGUUUUAGUCGAAUUCAAACAUACGGAUUUUGUUUACUUCUUACGGAGAUUAGCUUAUUAUAGGAAAUUAACGCUCCAUGAAAUUAAGGUAUUGGAAAUUAACGCGACUUAAAUUAACGCGAAUUUAGUGGGAAACGACUUUCGAAUAAAGAAAAUUAACGCGAAGGAGGAGGUAGAAUUUCAUAAUAAAAGAAAUAAACGCGAUUAAUUACGCGAAAUCGAAGGAGAAGAUACUGACAUCACUUCUGACAGCGACAACAAUGAACUCGAAAUAUUGUAAACAUUCGCCUUAGCUUUUGUGAAAGAUGAAAAAAUAAAGAGUAAAUGGAAAGAAAGAAAGCUUGUAGUUAACGUUUUUUAGGUGUGAAGAAUGUCUGGACAGGUUCCAAUAUGGGGUUAAAAUACUGGAAAUUAAGAGCGCGGAAAUUAACGCUGCACUUAAUUAACGCUCAACAAAAUUAACGCGACUUAAAUUAACGCGAAUUUGAACGAUUCGCGUUAAUUUCAUGGAGCGUUAAUUUCCUAUAAUAAGGUAUUUGCUUAACACCAAACUUUAAGUUCCUAGUGUUGGAUUUUCAGUAGCUGGUCUAGAUCGCGCAAAAUUAAAUUGUGACAAAUUUCAACCUAUAGCCAAUCCUUGGUGAAAAUUUUAUAACGAUCAGACAAGGAUAAAAUCACUUUUAAAGCGAUUGAAAAAUAUCGGUAUGGCCUUUGAAAAACUAUAUCGAAACACCUUAAUACGAUAAUUUUUAAAGCUAUAAAGCUUGUGGGGUCGUGUGUCUAAGAAUCAAAGUAACCUAAUAUACAUCAAAACAUAUAUGGACACAGUGAUAUAAAAUUCUGUUGUCUGCAUCUUAUAGCAGAUGCAGACGUAUAUUCAAAUUUGAAAUCUAUGAAAUAAUCUUCAGCGCUGACACGCUUCCUGAGCUGAUUAAAAUUCAGGGUCGCAGAUCUGCGAAGAUGUUUCCUUGUCAUUCGGUGGUUAACAAAGUUCUAUAACGAUGCACCUCUAUAUGUUUCUGUCUCUCUCCUUCCUCUCAUCUUUGCCUCCUCUUGAGAGACCUCUGCUAGCAGGGAACUCUAUAGCAGAAUCAUGUGAAAUAAAGCAAUUCAUAGAACCACCUGCUUGCGGGGUAUACACGGCCGACGUCAUUCUCCAAACUAUUAACAAAGACAUUAAAUUAAACAAACUUAAAAGCAGAGCUCCCAAAGGAAAACAAGUAAGAUCACUACCAUACAGUCAUCCCAACUGUUAAGCCAAAACUUAAGGGGAGGUCCCCACAAACUAGGAAACAAAUUAUUUCACAUUAAUAAAAACCAUGUUAACGCGUCUUUACUAGACAAUACAUCCGGACGAAUGUCAGCACAUUUUUGACACUGGCCCAUACCAGAUGAUUUGCGUUUUUCCGAAUUUAGAAAAACUUUUACAAGUAAUUUCAAUCAUAGGUAUGUAUCUAAAAGUGCCUGAAGCAAGCCACCAUGAGACUAAAAGUUGAAAACAAUGCGUUCAGAAUGUUACUUGCUUUCGGCUUUCCAAAUGUAAAAUAUGAAGGAACUAAUUUUUUUAUGAUCCUUAAAAGCAAAUCGCACUACCAAAUUCAUUGCAUUUUGAAAAAGUUUAUGCAGAAAAAUGAGAAGAAUAGUCUUGUUGUUCUCAGGUCAAGUAACUUUAAGUUUCGUAGGCGUCAGCAAUGUUCUGGUCAAGGCCUGGAGAAACAUUUUCUCAUUGUUAAAACAUUUCCGAUCUAAAAUCUACAAUAUAUUUGAAAACGUGCAUCCCCUCAAAAGUUAAAACGUUUUCAAAUGUGAAAUUUCCGCCAAUUUGUUACUAAUUCACUCAGACGUACAAGGAGGGGAGUGGAUGCCACCUCCGCAAGGGGAGGGGGGAGGGGAAGCCACCUCCGCUGAGGUUUUUUCUAAGUUUUAUCCUAAGUUUAAGUUUUAUCAUCAGCAUGCCUGACGUUUUCAGCAGCUGUUCGUUCAUCCCUUGCGCACAUUUUUAGACAAGUUUAGUGAUGGUCGGUUGCUAUGGUUACGAGAUAUGACGUCAUAAGAAGCAGGUGGCCAAGCCAUUUUCGAGUGCAAAUACAUGUUUUUCUUCAACUCUUUCGAUAAUAAAAGUAAAUCUUGCGGGUAAAAUCAUGAGAAUGCUUAUUUAUAUGUUAUUUUUCAUGUAAAGCACAAAAAAAAUACCAUUUCCCGCAGUUUUAACCUGAUUUCUAAUUCUUGGUAAACAGACGGUUAACAGGCAUUUCCUAUGAGAUAAGGCCUUUAUAUAUCAGUAGUGUCUGUUCUAUAUUAAAUAUACUAUUUACCCAACUUCAAGUAAGUAACACUCGCGAUCAGCUUACUCUUUUCCCUUUAUUCGUUAAGGCUUAACGUCUUCACAGCUUCAACGGUAAAAAAUAGCUUUCGCUUUUUGGCGUACGGCGUCAAAUAAGGUUCAAAGUUUGAAGUUUAGUAUACUCAACAUGUUGUUAACUUGCCCAAGUGUAAACGCGGAUAAAUUCUUAAGUUUAAUUAAAACCCUUGAAGUCUUACUGUACAAUCAAUUAAAAAUAUUUUAUGAUGAAGUAUACUAUUUUCAGUAGUAUAUCGUGUGAUAAAAAUUGUUAUUUUACAAGCACGUACUUACGCGUGUUUCGCCCGAAAUAAAUCAAAUGAGAAAAAUUACGCGUGAAGUAUGACGGAUAACAAUUCCGCACUUUUCUUUGAUAACUUUAAGAGCGGUUAAGUUAAGCGUAGCAAAGCAAGUGUUUUAUGCUAUGUUUCAGAUUUAUUCCUUAAACCCAUUUAAUGUGAAUUACAUAGCAAGGCGGAAAUUUCCCUGACGCAGGGCACCUCCGUUUCUAUGAAAAAAUCUUACUGCAGUCUGGUGUUAUGUAAUUACUUCUGUCGCUCUCGUAAUCCUGCGUCUUUCAGAAAUGUGAUUUCUAAUUAUAGUAAGCUUCGCUGUUCUCGGCCCAAAAGCCCGAGCUUAUAAGUUUUUUCGAGACAUAUCUCGGGAGGAGGUAGGGGGUAGGGCGAUUAGGCGACCAGCCGCGAAAGUCCUGUUGCAUAACUUGUAGGCUCAUUUUGUUAACCCUUUUCAGCCCCUUCUCACCAAAAAGCGGAAUAACUUCGUAACCGUUCAAUCUAUGACCACAAAACUUUUUUCCUAAAAAGUAUCUGGGAACACUUUUAAAACGUCGUGACGUGUGUGUCAAUAUUGACGUUACCAUGGCAACCAAGUUUUAACAGCCAUGUUUUUUAACCUUUGUAUCUUUUAGUUUCAUAAAAAAAAGUUUAUUCCUGUUUUUACUUGUUAAAUUGUUAUUUUACAGUUAAAUUAGCAUCAUUUUAUCAAAUUUUUUAUAACUGUUAUUGUAAUCCAGGAUUUUAAGUGACUCGUUUGAGAAAAAAAAAUCACUUUUGAAAUGACCAAAUGGCAGAUGCUAAGGUCAAUUGUCAGCAGUAUUCAUAUAUUUUUCUUGCAUGUUUUACCUUUAAAGCAUCCUUUUAUAUACAGAUCAAAUUUUCUGUUACGAUUACCUCGAUUUAUACAAGUUUUAAGUAAAAUGGAAUACAUUUAAUUAAUUCAAAAUUUGAGAUCCAAGAUAGUGGAUGGUUCCAGUACCUUCUUUAAUAAGAAAUGACGUCUUCAUGACGUCACUGCUAUUGUUAAAGAUUAUAAAUGUGUUAGCUCUCUUCUUAAUUUCUAUCAGAUAUAUUUUAGUGUUUUUUUGUUUUAUAUAUGGUUACUUUAUAGGUAGAAGAAAAGACAAAAUUUGGUUUCUGGCAAUAAAAUUCAAUAAUGGGUCGUCGUAAUUCUUUUUGUUGGCUGUUGUUGUUGUUGUUGUUGCUGUUGUUGUUUACCUUGUCAAGGAAAAACUUGAACGGUGGCUUAAUUGUGUCAAAAUCGUUUGAAAAUUUGCGUAUUUAAUAUGUUUUUCAUUCAUUACAGAGUGUCUGCGAGUCGAGCAAAUUGAACCCGUGCGGUGAAAAAGGUAUCUGCAUUCCAGACUACUCCAGGGACAGUUUUAGAUGUAAAUGUGACACUGAUUACGAAGGAAUACCGUGUGGUAAGUGUCGAAAAAAAAAUGCGGAUAGUUUGCUGCGAUUUUACAAAUAUUGUCCCAGUCGGGACUAUCUUCAAAGGCGCCGCCGGCAAAAUUUGCUCCGGGUAAAAACUGGACAAAAUCGACUAAAUAAACAAAAAUGCGUGUUUCUUGUCUAUCAGUGCAAAGCCAUUAUUCUUUUCUUUCACAAAUGCAAGUGUUGUCAGAUGUAACGGCCUGAUAAGAGUAAAUAGUUUCCAGUGCGGAUAACGUUUUUCAAAACAAAAACUGUCACCAUACAAUCUUUGGUUUAGAUGUUUCAAAGACAAUUCCGAUUUUGCCUGCAAGUGCGGAAAGGCCCAUUGACGUAACCGUGAUUACAGCCGUCUUUUUCAAAAUUUGAAAUAGGUUUUAUUUCUAUUUUUACUAAUUGAGUUAUUAUAUUACAUGUAAUUUAGCAUUAUUUUAUGAAAGUUAUAAAAACUAUUAAUGAAAUCCGGGCAUUUCAGAAAUUAAUUUGUGAAAAAAGAAAACAUGAGUUUAGAAUGAUUAAACGGCAGAUGCUGAGUUAAAUUUUCAAUACUAUUCAUCUCUCUCGGAAUUUCAUAUUUUUGCAGACUUUUUGUUGUUGUUGUUGUUGUUGUUUUGUUUUUUUUUUGCUUCCUAAGUAUCCUUUUUAUAUUGAGAUAAAGUUCUCAAUUAUUAAAAUACCUCGAUUUAAAUCGGUUUUAAGUAAAAUGGAAUACAUUCAAACAUUUCAAACUGGUGGAUCCAAGAUGGCGGAGGGUCACAGUUCCUUUUUUAGUAAUAAAUGAAGCCAUCAUGACAUCACUGGUAGUGUUAAAGAUUCUUUAUGUGUUAGCCAUCUUCUUGAUUUUAUCAGACACCUUAUUGUUUAAGUAUUUUUCGAUUUAUGUCUACUUUGGAGGAGGCUUAGAUUUUGCCAAAAAUUCACCAAUAUGACGUCAUAAUAACGUCAGACUACGACAUUGUGUCAAUCAAGUUAUGCCUAGAAGUUGGAAAUGAUAUGUACAUCGUUCUGGAGACCGUAGCAUGAACGAUUUUUGCAGCUAUGAAGAGGGCCCUAAUUGAGAAAAUCCUGAUGACUGUUAAAUCCUUGGUACAUGAAAUGUAUCCUGCAACUUAUAGCAGGCUAAAAGUCACAAAACUAGAAUGCAAUAAAGAAGCACUUUAGGCAGUCUUAAUACUGACGUCGUCGUUUCCAUUUUAGCUCAUGUGUGAGUUAAACCGUGGAUGGCUUCACCGGCAUGUACAAAUUAUUUCAAAAGUUGAAAGAGCUAGUUAUCUUGAACAAUUUGUGCAAUUUUCAGCCUUUUUGCAAACACUAUCUAAGAAAAUAGUGGCGAUUAAAAACUGCGAAAUGGCUAGGUGGCAAAACGUUAUAAAUCAUACAAUUUUUUGUAAAAUAUCGAUUCCUUAAAACCAAGAGAGGAUAAAGGGGACAGAGAAGGUAUCCCCCAUACACACCCUAUUCCAUAGUUAAUUCGUCUCGAGUUAUUUUCAAGACCACAGAUCCCAAGCGGGAUAAGACAACAGCCAAUCACAUAGCGCGAAUGUGUUCCGCGUUGAUGACCCAAGAUCAGAGCCACGCGUCCUUUACGAAUUGACGCAGAACAAAAUGGCGGAAGACGCAGAGAGCGAUAUUGCUAUUCGUUUUGUCGACGAAAACUACUACAGAGAGAUUUCUGCUAAAGCUGUGUCAGCGAAACGGAAAAUAAAAAAGAAUCGCCCUUCCUCUCUUGUAUAGAGCUAUCAGUACAGCAGGGAAAUCCCUAACACACUGAAUAUUCUCUCAGGAUCAUUUACAAUUUACAGCAAUUUACAGUUUGAAGAGAGCAAGGAGCAAGGAGCAUGAAACUCUGAGUAGCAAUAAAUGUCUUCGACCAAAUAAUCCAACUCUGCAAAUCUAUAUAUAUAUAUAUAUAUAUAUAUAUAUAUAUAUAUAUAUAUUUAUCAGGCUCAAACUUUCAGAGAUUUAUAACAUUGCCAUUUUUUCAAUCUUGAGAGAUUUAUGUUGAUACUUUGAUCAGAGAAUGAGCAUAAUGCUGAUAAGGCAAGAAUGUAAACGAAGGUUAAUCAAUAGACAAAGCCUUCAAAUCCCUACUCUUUCAAACAAGGCGUUCGAAUUAACAGCAUCAUUUUUUUUAUUUUUGACACUGUUUCUAUCGAGGAAAUUUCCCGGAAGAACUUGGAAGCCCAGAUAAUUGACGUCCCUCUUGUUGACCUUUGAGGCUCUCACGAAACUGGAGCUUUUAUAUAUCAGUCUCUGCGAUGGCUAACCUCAGUUUUUUUGUAUUGAAUAUCCUUCAGAACCAAUAAUGAAAAGCUGUUCUCAACUUGCUCAAAAUGGCUUCACAUCGAAUGGGUUGCAUUACAUUUUUCCAGAUGGUGGCAACCCAAUAGAAGUUCUCUGUGAUAUGACAACAGACGGUGGAGGCUGGACCGUUAUUCAGAGACGUUUCGACGACGCAGUUGAUUUUUAUCUCGGAUGGGAGUCAUACGCAAAUGGGUUUGGAGAUCUAAACGGUGAGUUCUGGCUUGGAAACGAUAAUAUACACCGUUUGACAGCCUCAAGUGAUAUCAUGCUUAGAGUUGACCUGGAGGACUUUGAUGGAAACAUAACAUACGCUGAGUAUACGACUUUUCAAGUGGCUGACGAGGCAGAUAAAUACAGGAUUACGAUUGGAGGAUACAGUGGUACGGCUGGCGACUCGAUGAUAAGUAGCGACACUGGGAAGUCCCUGAGGUAAACAAAUAAUUGGCUGGCAUUUCAUAAGUAUAACGGGAAAAACUCUAAUUUCAUAAUUAGAGGCCAAUUCUAUAAUAAAAAAUCUUUUAUGUCUUUUAUAAUGUGCUUGUUAUUCCACUGAUGAAGCGGAAAAAUACCCCAUUAUGAUUUGAAGGUACAGUGGUAUGCCUGGCAACUGGAGUGUUCUUAUAUGGUUAUGUACGUAAAUAGCUCUUCCUCUAUAGUUUCUCCAGGGCGCACUUAAAUUGGAGCCACACUCUGUUGAGUGACGCUCGUCAUUGUUUUUGUUUUUGCUUAUCAAAGAUGGGUAAAUAAAUAAACAAAUUACAAAUGAUUUUUAUUAUAAACUGCCGCAAGGUUAGCCUCGUUGGAUGAGCGCCGGUUUGUAGAGGGGGUUCUCGGUUCCAACGCUGGCCGGACCACCAACCAGGCACUUAAAACAGCUGGUAAGGUCAUGCUGGCUGUGAUCUAUGAUCUAGUCUCAGUUCAGGUGAUCGCGUCAUUGGGCGGUGAAGUGAAACCGUUGGCAUUGACUCCCCCAUCCUUCCUUAUCAGCUGGAAGGGAACAUGAAAAAGCCCACGCUUCUGAAAAGGGUAACGGACUUAGAUCUAGCAUCGCCACCGCAGUUGUCCCUUUCAUAAUAUAAACGGUCGUUGCCAUUUUUAGGACACUUAGAAAAUGUUUGACCUGUAAGUUAUUGAGAGUGUUUCUAUUAAAAAAGAAAGAAAAUCGCAAUCCAGGGUCGAACCCGAACCACGAACCCGGAGAUUUUGAAUCUUAAUCUCUCUCCCUUACAACUACACUACCACACCGACCCGCCAAAAUUCCGAAAAAUUUAAGUACAUAAAUUAGCAAACUGUCUUUCUUAACUGUUACAUCAAUCACAGGUGAUCCUAGCCCUUUCCAUAACUUUUAUCGUAAAUUCAACUUGGGCUUCAAGGUCCUUCUUUCUAGGACUAUUCAAAAACGCAUUAUUUUUCUUAUUGUAGCUUAAUCCAGGGAAGAUAUUUUAUCUAUCAUGACUAAAGGCUUUGUUACCAAUGGUGGCAUAGACCGUUCCAAAGGGCAACGACCGUUUACGAAAGGGAAAUAGGCGACGCCACCACAAGUUUCGAAUCAAUUUAGGUUUCUGGGAAACUGCCCACCUACCCCUCCCCUAAGCUAACAUGAACACGUACUCCUCACUUAGGGCAAAAUGGUGGACUAGGGGAGGGGUAGGUGGGCAGUUUCCCAGAAACCUAAUGAAGUCUGAGGAACGAGCCCAGAAAUUCCAUACUGACGACUCGUCACAACUCAAAUCUGGGUAGUGCUUUUGAUUGGUUGAAGCAAAUUUCCCACGCGGUACGAUCAAUCAGAAGCACUACCCAGAUCUGGGUAGUGAGGGGUCAGGGUGGAAUUUCUGCACUCGUUUUUCAGACGUAGUUUCACUGGGACACCAGUGUUGGCGUUGCGAAAUGUCGGUACUUUUCUCAGGCGUAAAUCAACGCAGACUAGAAAACCUAUAAAAACCUAUAGUGCGGUCAAUCGUUUAUAGGGUCCACGGGUCCCCAGCGAUCGGUUAUACACGUUUACCCUGCCAAAUAUUGGCGAAUCUAGUAAGUCAAAUCAGAUCAUUAAUAUGCAUUUACAUUUUUGAGAUUUUAUUCAUAACCACACAAGAGAUUCAGUCUUGUCGAGUCGUCAAGGCUGACGGUAGAAAACAAAACUAGCAACUGAUUAUAAGACUACAAGAAGAUUAUAAAGUUAUAUUUAAAUUUUUGUCUCCACAGUGGCACGCAGUUUUCAACCAACGAUUCCGACAAUGAUGCCUUGAAAUGGACCCACUGUGCUCAAAGCAAGAAAGGGGCAUGGUGGUACUCUGGCUGUAGCGCGUCAAACCUUAAUGGGUGGUAUCAUAAUGGUGGAUAUAUACAGAGCGAUAUUGGAAUGAAAUGGGAGACAUUUAGAGGACAUUUUUAUUCACUAAAACGUACUGAGAUGAAAGUAAAACCCAAAUCGUAA